AGAGAGAGAGAGAGAGAGAGGAGAGAGAGAGAGGGGCGAUGGCCACCGAUGCAGAGUGCGGGGAAUCGAUGGAUCCGUACCGGGCCGAGUUGGAGCGGCUCACCCAGGAACUGGCCGAGGCGAACCGGGAGAAGAUCCGGGCUGCGGAGUGUGGGCUGGUGGUCCUGGAGGAGAACCAGGCGCUGAAGCAGCGGUACGCAGACCUGGAGCUCGACCAAGACACUCUCAGAAAGGAGUUGGCGCAAAUGCAGGAGGCGUUUGGCCAAGCUUACAGCAACCAGCGUAAGGUGGCAGAGGAUGGGGAGACCAACGAGGAGACGUUGCUGCAGGAGUCGGCCUUGAAGGAGGCCUACUACAUGGGGCGCAUCUUGGUGCUGCAGACGGAGGUGACACGAAGCCGCUGUGUGGCGUCCAACGCCCAGGCCGAGAACGAGAGGCUCAACACACUCACGCAGGACCUACGAGAGAGUAAUGAGAUGCUGGAGCUACAGAGGAGCCGGAUGAGGGAAGAGGUCAAGGAGUACAAGUUCAGAGAGACCAGACUGCUUCAGGAUUACACAGAGCUGGAGGAGGAGAACAUCACGCUGCAGAAACUGGUGUCUACGCUCAAGCAGAGCCAGGUGGAGUAUGAGGGACUGAAACAUGAAAUCAAAGUACUAGAGGAGGAGACGGUUCUGCUCAACAGCCAGCUGGAAGACGCAUUACGACUGAAGGACAUUUCUGAGGGUCAGCUGGAGGAGGCCUUGGAUGCCCUCAAGAGUGAGCGCGAGCAGAAGAACAAUCUGAGAAAGGAACUGGCCCACCACAUCAGCCUGAGUGACAGUGUCUACGGCGCAGGGGCCCAUCUGGCGCUCACUGUCACUGCCGUUGAGGGCAUCAAGUUCCCCGAGGACACCAACGGGACCAACGGCAGCGCCAUCCCUGCUGCCAACGGCAACAAUGACGACAGCAAUCGCCGCAACGGCCACGUUCAAACUGGCACCGGAUUGGCUAAGAUGAACGGGGACUACCGACCGGGCCGGAAAGGAGAAGGCCUGCACCCCGUGCCAGACCUGUUCAGUGAGCUCAACCUGUCGGAGAUGCAGAAGCUCAAACAGCAGCUGCUGCAGGUGGAGCGCGAGAAGUCGUCACUGCUCAUGAACCUGGAGGAGUCCCAAACCCAGCUGCAGCACACGCAGGGCGCCCUGACCGAGCAGAACGAGCGGGUCCAUCGCCUCACGGAGCGCGUCAGCGGCAUGAAAUGUCUCAACGGGGACAAAGAGCUCGAUGACCCGCAGGAGAGUGAGAAACCGGAUGGCGGCUCCUUCUCACCACCAGCCAACGGUCACCGGGAUCCCGAUAUCCACGGCUUCGAGAUCCUGGAGUGCAAGUACAAGGUGGCAGUGACGGAGGUGAUCGACCUGAAAGCAGAGCUCAAGGCCCUGAAGGAGAAGUACAACCAGGCUGUGGAGGGGCAGGGGGACAGCCACGGUGACGACAGGGUCCCGGCACUAAGUGACCAGGUGACUCACCUGGAGCGUAGCUAUCGUGAGAGCAGGGAGAGGGUGGCGAGCCUGGAGGCAGAGCUGCGAGCUGCCGCGGGCACAGCCACAGAGAGCCAGGGCAUGCUGAAUGCAGCACAGGAUGAGCUGGUAACCUUCAGCGAGGAGCUGGCGCAGCUCUACCACCACGUCUGUCUGUGCAACAAUGAGACACCCAACCGCGUCAUGCUGGACUACUACCGCCAGAGCCGCGUCACACGCGGUGGCAGCCUGAAGGGCUCCGACGACCACCGGGCUUUGCUCUCGCCUCGCCUGGCCCGGCGCCUCGCUGCAGCAUCCGCAGCCUGCUCCUCCGAGCACCCGCGCAGUCCCAUGGACUCCCCGUCCAGGGACGCCCGUCACAAUGAGACAACGACCGGCACAGUGGACUCCUGUCAUAGCAGCCCCACCCGCAACCCCACGGGCUCCCCAGUCAUCAGCGUCUCUCCUUGCCCGUCUCCGGUGCCCUCGGAGGCCAGUGGAGACCUGCGGAAGGAGCCCAUGAAUAUCUACAACCUGAACGCCAUCAUCAGAGACCAGAUCAAACACCUCCAGAGGGCUGUGGACCGCUCGCUGCAGCUGUCCAGGCAGAGGGCCGCAGCUAGGGAGCUGGCGCCUAUGCUUGACAAGGACAAGGAGUUGUGCCUGGAGGAGAUCCUCAAACUGAAGUCCCUGCUCAGUACCAAGAGAGAGCAGAUAGCCACGCUCAGGCUUGUGCUGAAGGCCAAUAAACAGACAGCAGAGGGUGCACUGGCAAAUUUGAAGAGCAAGUACGAGAAUGAAAAAACGAUGGUGACAGAGACCAUGAUGAAGCUGAGGAACGAGCUGAAGGCUCUGAAAGAAGAUGCCGCCACCUUCUCGUCUCUCAGGGCCAUGUUUGCCACAAGAUGUGAUGAGUACGUUACUCAGCUGGAUGAGAUGCAGAGGCAGCUGGCGGCAGCAGAGGAUGAGAAGAAGACGUUGAACUCCCUCCUCCGUAUGGCCAUCCAGCAGAAACUGGCCUUGACCCAACGGCUGGAGGAUCUGGAGUUUGACCACGAGGAGACUUACCGGGGCCGCGGCGCUAAAGUGCCCAGGAUUAGAAGCAACCCGCCCAAAAUUGUCAGCAGCCUGCUGCCUCAGUACCGUCACUCUCCCUACAACUAAGGCGAGGGAGAGCCUCCCGAGCCCGCAGUCCUAAAUUGUUGGCAGACCUCCAGGAACACGGUACAGUCCUGUCCAGUAGCAGUAGCCUUCUCUCCCCUUGCGACCCUCGUAACUAUCUGGCCCAGCAACCGCAGCCCCCCGGCACCUAACCUCGCUGCUGCGGUCUGGAAAGAGUCACGCAGAGACAGAGACACUCUGGAUGGGGGUUCCCUCAUUAAACCCCCCCCCCCAACCUAGCGUCCCACCUGGUGCUUACCCCCCCUCCCCCUCCUCCUUAGCGCUACAUGGUCCGGCCCUCAGCAGGAGGCCUCCUGGUUACCUGGGUCGCAGACGAAGAGCGGGACACUCUCCUCUCCCCUAUAUGACAUCAUGUCCUGGAAAGGACUGAAUUGAAGCGACAAAUCACGGGGGAAUAUUUUUCCUUUACUCGUAUUCAUAUUUAUUUAUAAUUGAUUUCGCUUCAUGGAUUAUUUAUUUACAUAUUGAUUUGUGUCACGUUUCUGGGAUAUUUAUAACUGGAAUGUUUAGUUUUUUCUGUGUUUGUUGGUCAUUCUUCAAUGUGAAAAUCGAGACGUGUUUUACUGCUGUGGUGAGGACUUCAGUGAUCACAGACAAUGUACCACAUUCCCUACUGUACAUAACCGGUACUCCUGGACAAAGGAAAACCAAAGCAUCCACUAGCAGAACUGUAAAGGUUAUUUCUGCUCUACUGAACGGGUUUAAAACUUGCCUCACCAUCCAUUUAAAAUAUUAGAUAGGGUCAGUAUAAUUAUCAAAACAUAGGUAUGCCACCUUUACAUACAGUAAGAGUUCGGUUUGACAUUUCAAACUAAUGAAGGUAAACAUGUUUCUUGUGGUGAUGAUUGGUGGAUUUCCACUACCUUUCUUACGUCGCUAGUCUUUCUUAAGUUGGUUGUUUUUUUUAUACUGAGAUGUUUUUGCAUGUGGAUACAGAAAAGACUAUUUUAUACCUCCUAUUAUUUGUAUUUACUUUUGCAGCAAACUCUAGUGACAUGGUUGUGUCUGUUACGUAGCUCAGAGACUGAGUGUUUGAGAUCAGGACUAGGGCUGUUGGCCUGGGUUUUUGCCUUUUUGAAUUGCACAGGUUUAAGUGAGUGAACUGACCUCUAUCUUUUUGACAUUAGUUAAGUUCCCCCGAAGGUGUGUCACAGUUACCGUCACUGUCAUGUCAACACUGUAUUCUCCCCAUAAAGUGUUGGCUCUUUCACUUUAUUGGCCACAACCCCAGGGAGCUGCUGUCAUCACCCCUAGCUCCUCCAGUUGAGAGUGACAUAAAUUAAAUGUUCAGCACCCAGAGCUACACUUGUCGGUCAUCUUAGCUUCUCCAUGCUCAGCUGUCCCUACAUGCCUCCUUCACACACUAUGCAGUUCAGUCCAAGCACAAUUAUGCUCUAUGCAUUAUAGAUUAGUUCCGGUCGUAGACUGAUCUGAUUCUGAUUUACUCAAUCUUUCAACCAUUUCUACCAAUAUAAACUAACCAGCAGGCUCACAAGAAACAUAAGACAGCAAGUGUGUGGACAUAAUCAAGAUUGUUGCAUUUUGAAACACUGUUUCGAUCACAGAGGAAUUGGGCAAAGUCUGACUGAGAUGGAUGUAAUGUGUGAAGUUUGCUACAUAAUUAAAGUCCCAUUUCUCAGUCUUUAUUCCCUCAUAUUAAUGUCUGUAAAUGUGAAUGUUCUCCUCACUGCACUGAAUACAUAUUUUUGCCAGAUGGAUGUGAAACUGAUAAACUGAAACUACAUAGCCAGUAUAGCGUUGGAAUGACAGAUAAAAGCCUUUCUGUUACAUCAACAAUGAAUGAGUGGGCUCUUUUUGUUCUCUGUGUAUACAUUUGUUGGAUCUGUCUUUGUUAACAUUGUGUUACUUUUGCAACUACCGAGUGAUGUAAAUAUGUUUGGUUCAAAAGUAGCUUAUGAGUCAACGCAGGCUCAUUGGUGACCUAAUUCUUGGUUUGUUUGCACAAUAUAGCAGUGGAUGGAGAGAGACUAAUCCAGUGAAAGGAAAAAAGGAACAAUAGCUGUACUACAGUGGGUUAAACAUUCAAAACAGUGUGUAAUUGGUUACACAAGAAAAUAAAAGACCUGUCCUUGGAUUUGUAUGCGC